AUGUUGGGGUACAGAGCAGGGCUGUUGGGCGAAACCUUGGAGGAAGUACAGUAUUGGCGAGGUGAUUGUCGCCUCAACAGGAAGCAGCGACUACAGGCCCAAGUGGCAUGGUGGAUGUCUCUUCUGGGUGAGCAGCCCCUAGGAGCGUGGGUGGCUAGACUAGAGAAUCUAGUAAGGAAAGAACUGUGGCUCGAUGACGCGUACCAGGUGUCAUGGUGGUACGCGGUUGAGCGGGUCCCCGAGAUAGCUGAAUACGAAUACCCUGAGGGUGGGUAUUACGAUGGCCCUGGCCUCUUGUGGGACAAUAUUGAUGACACAGACUUCGGGAGUGCUACCGAGUCACGUUUCUGGGACCUACAUUAUGACUGGGAAGACAUGCUGGAUUUCCCUAGAGCUAUCGACCUAGAGGCUGACCUGUUCUAUCUGGUCACUAAGGAAUGA